GUUUGUCGUUAGUGCAUGCGACGUGUGGCGAAGGCAAUGAGAUGCACCUCGUUAUUUCGUUCGACAUACCAGUUCCUGGCUGUUUAUCUGACAACGUUUAGAGCUUAACAAAGUUUAUUCUUAAGAUGUCGUCUUCCUGGAUGUGGUUAUUGUGGACAGUCUUCACCGUGUCCCAGAUGCUAGUUGUCGCUCAGCUUGCUUCACCUGGCUCCAGUUACGACAGUCAAACGGGAAGGCAGAGAAGCGCAGGCAAUGCCACUCCAGGCAUACCUGGUAAACAGGGCAGCGGUCCAAUUCUGGGUGCUGGAUUGGGUGUUGCCGUCGGUCAAGGAGUCGGUGGUUCAGCUAGUACUUCCGGUCGAGCAGUAGCCGGCGAUGACAAGAUUGAUCUUGGAUUCGGCGGACCGCGCGUCGCCGCGGGCAGCAGUAGCGGUCCGGCAUCUUACGCUGGUCCAAGGUAUGGCACCCCUCAGGUCAGCAGGGUGGACGCAGUCUUCCACCCCACUGUCACCCAGCUUGUCACCGUCGACCGCUUCGUCACCCUCACUGACCAAGCUUUCCAGAGCGUGGCUGUCACCCUCACUUCCCUCACCGUCCAGACUGUCACCACUGGAACACGCGGGGUGCUGCAGACGCCCGUGGACGACCGUGUCGCCCUCCAGACAACGGUACUCUACAAAACUUCAACACUAACAGUCACGGACGUACAGUCGGACUUCAGGAUAGUGACGGAAAGGUCUUUAGACUACGUGACCAUCACCCACACUUCAUACAUCAUCGUGCAGACUACCUACACUACCACAGCCACCCAGGUGUUGUCGUACACAACAACGCUGGUGCGGACCAACAUAAACACGAAGAGCACAGCGUUCACAGACUACCGCACCAUCACCGACACGGUCCUCGUCCCUGGAGGCUACUAUGGUUUCAGACAGUCUUAAGACUUUUGGUCCUACUGUGGACAUCUUGUGCCAAAUUGACGUACUUUUGUCUAAAGUGUUCUGAAUAAACUUUACUAUUUUUUUCGUAA